UCAACUGCUCAGCAAACAUAUAUUUUAACUAAAAUGUGAUAAGCCUUUUGAUUGGACAUUUUAGGUCCGAUUCCUUCACAUACAUGUCUUCCUUUCAAAUCCGUCACGAUGUCCGGUUCGAGAACCCACUUCGUCAGCGAACUGACAGAAAAAAAUGCGAGUUAAAUAUGCGGUGCCUUUUCCUUUCUGCCUUCGCACUUUUCACCGCAGGAUACUACUUCAUGGAUGUGCUUGUCGACUUCAGGACCAACGAGGAACAGCAAGUCGUGAAGAGCUCCUCCUUGGUGGAUAAGAAGGAAUGUCGACUCUUGACCCUUACUUCGGACGACCGCAAGUGGAUGUCCCUGUGGGGCUACAUCCGGGAAGAUUUGUGUGGCAGCCAUAUGCAUCUCACGUCCUUCAGCACGGAUGACGACAAUUAUCUGAAGAGGCAGAUAGUCCCGGAUUUCCUCAUCUCGAUCUUUUGGUCCGAGAGCUUGCGGAGCUUCGAGUGCAAGUACCAUGUCGUAGAGCGGCAAUCCGACUACCACAAUCGGCCUCUGUACACCCGGAAGUUUAACCUGAUGAGGGAAUAUAUUACGGUUGAACCGACUGCGGAUAUCAUCCGGGCCGAGUGCUACUUCAAUGGGACUAACAUCUACAACGGAGUUCACUUCUAUCUCCGUCCGCAAGAUAUAAAGCUACGGAACUCCCUGGGUCUGCCCCCCCUGAGGUCAGUCUCUGAUUCUCAUAGUUUGUCGGUGUUGAUUGUGGGCUUGGACUCCAUGUCCCAGCCGCACUUUGCACGGACUAUGGCCCAGACCGCCAACUUUCUCUUCUCGCUGCCCCACGUCGAACUGAAGGGCUUCCAUCGAUUGGGAAGCACCUUCGAGAGUCUGAUGCCACUCCUGAGCGGUUUGAGUGGUUCCGAGAUGGCAAAAUUCGUAUCAACUCUUGAGAAGCUGGACAAUUGCCCCUUUAUUUGGAAGGAGUUUCGAAAAGCCGGCUAUGAAACGGCACUGGGUGAGGAUAACAUAGACAAGUCAGUGUUUCCUGGGCAGGGAUUUGAGGAGCCACCCACGGACCACUACCUUCGGCCGGCACUUAUUGAGAUGUGGCUAAAGACGAGACGUGACCGAGGCAAAGGCAUUCACUGCAACUCAAAGGACAGCUACGCCAUGGUCCUCAGGGAUUUCUUCUACAAAAUAAUUCCCCACCAUCGGCGACAUCGUUUCUUCACCUUUCUGCGGUGGACGCAGGGUAUCGAUCAUCUCUUUAACUAUGGCCGGACGUUGGACACCAUGUUCUUGGAGAUGUUUCGGCAUGCAGCCCGCAGUGGCCUACUGAAGAAUACGCUCCUUUUGGUGGUGUCCAAUCACGGGCUCAAUAGUGGAUAUUUCUACGAGACGGUGCAGGGCAAGGUGGAGGGGAAUCUGCCGCUGGCCCUGCUCUGCUACCCAAAAUGGAUGGAGGAGAGCUUUCCCCGAGCCAUUGCCAACCUAAGGCAGAAUAGUCACCGCCUGGUCACUUCAUACGAUCUUCACGCGACGCUCCUGGACUUGCCCAGGUUGACCUCUAUCGAGGAUAGGAGUAUCGAGCAGCGCAGCUUCGGUCUUGCUGCCCAGGAUCUACCUCGGGGAAUAAGCCUGUUCCUGCCAGUGCCAAGCACCAGGGACUGCAGCUCAGCCCACGUACCCUCGAAGUAUUGUCUGUGUCAGGAGCAGGCAAAAGUGUCCCCAACGGAAGGGUAUGUUUUACGGGCCGCUCUCCUGGUUGUCCGAACCAUUAAUAGGGCUCUGCAGAAGCAUAUUCCACCAUGUCACAAGUUGGAACUGAAACUAGUGUUGGCCGUCGAUGAAUGGAGCCCACCGGCGGAAAAGAACUACGCGGAGCUCUUGGUUAGGCUGGUAACCACUCCUGGCGACGGCGAGUUUGAAGGUGUCGUUACGUACACGGGUCAUGAACUUGCACUCAACGGACCCAUUCUGCGCAAAAAUGAGGUCGGAAAUGACACGUACUGCAUAGAUAAUUAUCUGAUUAAUAUGUAUUGUUUUUGUCAAAGGUCCUUAGAACCGUAAUGUAGCUAAGCUUUAAGCUAAACAAAAUCACCAAGCCCAAGGUAUUCUAUGGUCGAGGCCUUAGCCCUCGUCUUGUCUGCUUUUGUUUUUUAUAUUUGUCAGCUGCUGUUGUCAAUCUAACAUAAAUCACACGUCAUGUGCAGGACCACA